AUGCUGAGCAAGACUGUUUUCUUCGUUGCACUUAUAGGCAGCGGCUUAGCCACGCCUGCGAAGGCUGGCACGCUCGACCAACCUAGCGAGGACCCGUACAGCGAUGCUCCGCCUGAAUCCAAUAGCUAUGACCCACCUCAGCCCACCAACCAUGGUAAUCACCACUCCUGUGAAGGCUCCCCACAGCCCACCAAACAUGGUCAUCACCACUCCCCUCAGCCCACCAAACAUGCUCAUCACCACUCCCAUGGUGAUUGCAAGAAGCCCAAGUGCGGCAGGCCGGGUAUCAAAUAUAAAAAAUAUACGAACCCAUUCGUCUCGGACAACUCGCCAGAUUACACGUCGUUCGACAUUUCAUACUUUCCGACGCAAACUCCCAUCGAACAGGGAACCGUCGACAGAAUUAUUGUCACGUCGAGCCCUCCCAUCGCUAUCGAGUAUACAACCUAUAUCUAUGCUUGCAAAAGCGGGGUUUAUGAGUUUUACUCGCCUGGGACUGACGAUAUUACUUUGGCUUGGUUUGGCAAAGAUCACGUUCGCAAUCCAACUCGCGAGAACGUUGACAUUCAGCAAACCUAUUUUGGGACGGCGGAGAGCAAGAACGAGCCCAAGACUGUUAAAAAGCAUAUCAAGGCCGGAACCUACUACCCUAUCCUGGUUUGGUACGGCAAUACUGGAGGACCUGCUCUUCUUGAGCUUCGUAUCACGGAACCAGGCGGUACGCCAGUGAAAGCUGCAGGGAGCUUCAAUAAAGGUCCCCAGCUUCGGACCCGGGCAUGUGGUGCAGAUGAAGGACGAUACUAA